AUGGAAGAGAACUCGGAUAUAAAUUGUAAAUAAAAUGUGCUAUGAAACCAUGUUUGAAACAAUUUAGUUGCUAUUUUCCAUCUAACCAAACCUGCAGAACUCACACUAACAGAAUGCUCUGAAGAGGAUUAUCAGUAUGAAGAGAUCCCAGCAGAUGAUGAUUUUAGCCUACAAGAAGGCGAUGAAGACCUGACAAAGGCUUUGCAGACUAUGGAAGACCAGGCUAUUGAUGCCCAGAUUAUGGCUCAGCGACCAAGCCAGGUAAUGAAGCAUUCCCUGUCUGACAUACCUGAAGUUGUGGAUGACUUCCUUUGCAAUUUUCUGGUCAGAAUGGGGAUGAACAGGACUUUAGACUGUUUUCAGACUGAAUGGUAUGAACUGAUGCAGAGAGGUAUGCUUGAACCCAAGGACGUUGGUUUUGUUCCAGAUGCAUACACCUGCAAUCAACAUUUGGAAAAGGAAAACAAAUUUUUAAGGAAGGAACUGCAGAACUACCAGCUUGUGGCCACCAAAGCUAAGGAGGCACUGCUGAAGAUGCAGAGAGAGCGUGACUUCCAUCGAAUGCACCAUAAGCGAGUGGUCCAAGAAAAGAACAGGCUCAUUAAUGAUAUUAAACGGCUGAAAACACAUUAUGCAUCAUAUGAGCCAAUGUUACGACAGUUGAAUGAAAAAUACGAAACUCUUUUGAGACAGAAAAUGCUAACCAGCUUGGAAAGAGACAGAGCUGUUGGGCAGAUUACUGGUUUGCGAGCCACCUUGCAAAGUUUAGAACCUGGAAGCAACAUACAGAUAUCUAUGGCUAGAGGUCAAAAAUGUGAAAAAGAGAAUGGAUUAGAAGGAACUUCCCAGAAAGCUCUUAAAGAAGCCAAGAAACCAAAAGGAUAUUUGGAGGUUAAUCUGUCUGACCCACCCAAGGAUCCAGGAAAGGAGAUGCGUAGGAGGUAUCCAAAGGAUUCUGAGUUUCCCAAAGAUAUCCAAGUGAACCCUUACCUUGCUCGUGCAAAAGAAUGUGUGCGACCACUGAAGUCUGGAGUGUAUAGACUGAGCAACACUUUGAAAGUACACGACCUGGCUGUGAGCUGCUUGGCUUUACAUCCAAGGAAAGACAUUGUUGUGACUGGCAGCGAUGACCGUCUGUGGAAAAUGUGGGCCUUUCCCAACGGCAACAUCAUCAUGAAAGGGGAAGGCCACACUGACUGGCUUUCUGGGUGCUGCUUCCAUCCAAGUGGGACAAAGCUUGUCACCUCGAGUGGAGAUACAACCGUUCGAAUUUGGGACUUCUCAAAGGGUGGGUGCAUCCUGACCUUAGAAGGCCACAGCUAUGCAGCCUGGGACUGCUCCUGGCAUUCUUGUGGAGAUUUUGUGGCUUCUGCUUCUAUGGAUAAAACGAGCAAAGUAUGGGACCUCAACAGUGAGAGAUGCAGAUACACCUUGCGUGGCCAUAAGGACUCUGUAAACAGCAUCGAGUUUCUUCCUUUCUCUAACAUCAUUCUCACCAGCUCUGCAGACAAGACCCUGUCCCUUUGGGAUGCCAGAACGGGGCUCUGUGCUCAGACCUUCUGUGGUCACCUGCAUUCCUGCAAUCAUGCUACAUUCAACAUGAAGGGUGAUACUAUUGUUUCCUGUGAUUCUUAUGGUGUUCUGAAACUAUGGGACAUUCGGAGGGGAGCUCCAAUGGUAUCAAUUGAUGCUGGCCCACAUCCUGGCAAUCAAGUAGUUUUUGACCCAUCUGGUCAUAUUGUAGCUCUUGCAAGCAAUGAUGGAACUGUGAAGACUCUCGAACUCAAAUCGGGACAACUUUGUAGCUUACUGGGCCAUGAAGACGAAGUCCAGAGUGUCAUAUUCGAUCACAAGGCAGAGCAUCUGAUAUCAGGCGGCUCUGAUGGCACUGUUCGAAUCUGGAACUGAGGCACUGAUCCAUUGCUUAGUGAAAUCUCACAGGAAUGGUUUGACAACCUCCUAGCAAAGGAAAUGGCUUUGAAAAAAAUGAUUUUGGCUUCAGCAUUUGAGAUAAAGCAAUUGCCUGGAAUACAACA